CCGAGCCCUUUUCUGUGUGACACCUUUCAUACCGUGAAGCUUCAUACAUUCACAUUCAGCUGCCGCUGCUGCACGGAAAGAACAAUGGGUGUCCAAGUCGAUACUGUCAGACCAGGAGACGGUGCGCAUUUCCCCCAGAAAGGACGGAAUGUCCUGGUGCACUACGUCGGCAGGCUGACGAAUGGCAAGGUUUUUGACUCCUCCAGGGAACGUGGACAGCCCUUCUCUUUCGUCCUUGGCCAGGGUCAAGUCAUUCGUGGCUGGGAUGAAGGUGUAGCAAGGAUGAGUGUUGGAGAGGUGGCACACUUGACCUGCUCGCCAGACUACGCGUAUGGCAGCAGGGGAUACCCGCCUGUCAUCCCCCCCAACGCUACUCUCAUCUUCGAAGUUGAGCUUCUGAAAUGUCCAGUCUAGUGCUCUCCUUUCUUUGUAUCCCACCCACAUCUUUGACACAAACAAUGGCUUCAUGUAAGGUUUUGUUCGUAGCAUCGGUAUAAAAAAUGAUUUUGAUAUCCUGGUGAAAUUAAAAACAAAAAACAAUUGACAAACGAAAGCAAUCAUGCUAUUUUAAGAGGUAUUAUUGGUGGCAAGAUUAAACGACCAUGGAAGAAUUGUACAUUAUGAAAAAAAAAAAAUCCUUUGCUUUCUUGGAGAGUUGCAUGGGUCUCUGAAAUCAGAAAUCUAAAACUCACUCUUUAACACAUUUUUUCUGAAUAUCUAAAUCCUAGUGUUAAAGUGGCCUGUUUUUAAGUGGACACAAUAUGUUGAGUAAACUUACAGGAUUUAUUGGGUCUUCACGCUUUGUAUUGUCAUGUUAAAUCUUUGAGUUAUUCUUCAGCUUUUAUAUAGCACAUGAAGGCUUCAUGGAAUGAGGAGAAAAACAAAUACAUUUUACAAAAAAAAUGGACAUUCCAUUGGCACUUGUGUUUUUGGAGGAUGCUGUUAUUCUAACAAACUUGAUUAAGAAGAACUUUUUGUUGGUCUGAGUUUAUCCAUUCGAGGCAGCGUUCUGAUUAUUGAUUUGGCAGCAAAAACUUUGACUCGUCGAGUCCUUUUCUACGUUUGGGGAAACUAAUGGACCAUGGUUGUUUUUCAUCCUUACUCAUGUUGUCAUUCAUUAUAUCCUUGAACUUCUCUGUUGGCUCCUGUCGUGUUACAGGCCUGAAGUGCUCUUCAUUCAACCCACAAUUCCUCUUUUUUUUUCCUGAAAUGUCUUAAUUCUACGUUGUGUCUUGAAAUGGUAUUAUCUGUGGGUGUUGCAUUCUUGCAUUAAAACAAACUGUUAACCAUA